UACAAGUUGCUGCGACGACGCGCGCGACGACCCCGAGAGCGGAGAGCGCGGGAACGGAGGAGAGAGAGAGAGAGAGAGAGAGAAGCACCGGGAGGAAGAAGGAAGCGGAUCAUCUCGAGGUCCAUGGACGGCAACAAGCGGCGGCGGACGCGGAGGCGGCUAUCCCUGGCCACCGCCACCGCCGGCGACGGCGACGGCGACGGCAUGGCUGCGGCGCCGCCUCCGGCGAAGCGGCAGCGUUGUCAUGCGGUGGAGGAGCUCCCGUCGCCGAGGAGGGGGCUCCUGCGGCAGAGCGUGCUCGUCGUCGUCUUCCUCAGGCGCGCCAUGCUCCUCGCCUGGGGGGGCAGGAAGGCGGACGACGACGACGGCGGCGGCGGCGCGGCGGUCGGCGUCUCCCGGAUUGGUGGCGUGGUGAGAGAUGAACUCCGUCGCUGUCUUGGACCAAUUGCGAGGAGCUUCUCGCUGCAGUUUAGCAAACUGGAAAGGAAACUGGAAAGCAGACUGGAAAGAAUUGACCAGCGGAUUGAGAAUCUCAACCAUAAAGUGGACCAAAUAACACCGUUACGACGUAGCCACUGCAAUCACCAGCACCCAAUGCAGGGGACAAAUAAUGAAGGGGCCAAUGCUGAAGGAGUGGAGACAAAUGAAGACGAUGACAAAAACACAUGUGUUCGGCUUCGAUUUCUGAAUGAAAUGAAACCUCCUAUUUACCAUGAUGAUGAGUUAAAAGCUGAGAACAGCGAAGAUAUUCGGAUUGGCAUAUUUGAUGGUGAACAGAUGAUAAAAUCAGGCCCUCUUUCGAAGGUGAAACUUGAGAUAUUGGCCCUUGAGGGAAAUUUUCCGUAUAAUAGCAUGGAGAGUUGGACUACUAAGGAGUUCAACGAACACAGAGCUUGUGGCCGGGAUGAAAGAGGCGAUGUGUUGGCAGGUGAACGCACUGUCCAGCUGAUCAAUGGAGAGGCCUCUCUUGGUGCCAUCAAAUUCAGAGAAGGGUCAUGCAAGGCCCGCAAGGGUAAGUUCAUCCUUGCAGCAAGAGUUUGUGACAGUGCAAGAACUGGUGUUCAUGUUCAAGAGGCUGUCAUGACGCCUGUGGUUGUGCAGGAUCGCAGAAAUAAAUCAAAUGAAAAGAGUCAUCCUCCAAAGCUGGACGACAAGGUUCAUCGCUUGGAGGAAAUUGCAAUUAAUGGAAUAUACUGCAAGAGGCUUGUGGAGAAGGGCAUAAAAACUGUGAAAGACUUCUUAAAGGCUCUAAACAAGGAUCCUGAUAACUUGGCCAAUAUUCUCCACAUGAAGAAAGGAUCCAAAGCCUGGGAGAAAAUGGUGACACAUGCCAGGGACUGCAGCCUCGAAGGCAAGCCCGAGCUGAAAUCGUAUCCCGUUGCUCAGACAAACGUGGUGCUCAUCUUCGAUUGCGUGAAUUCUCUUGUUGGGGCAUGGUUUGGUGGCAGUUACAUUGCAUCUGACAGCCUCAGUUCAGCUCAGCAGGUCAUAGUGGACAAGUUGAAAGGGGAAGCAUAUCAACUAUUAGAUCAGCUUCCUUUUGAUUAUAUAAUGGAAGGCGGGUUUCCAAUACUGAAUCCUAUGAAUGCGAAUGCCGAUUAUCGAGCUCAAGGUACUGAAGCAGUUGGGGGCUUGGAUCAUGCUCAGAUUGAUCCAUCAUUUGCAAAUGCAAACUAUCAAGAUCAAAGUACUGCACAAGCUGGUCAGGAGCAAUUCUCCUCUGCUGCUGUAGCUGGUUGGUGCCAGGAUUCAAUUGCGCAACCUAGCUCUUCUCACCAGACAAAUCAUGUAGUCUACCCUGGUGGAGCUCAAGUGAAUUACAGUCACCAAACUAACUGCGUUGCGCCUUGUGAUUACCCAUGCCAAGGAGCAUCCAUGGUACCAGGAUUUGAUCAGGUGGAACUUCAGGGGAGGCCCUUCUUGGGCAGAGAUGACUUGGAAGCAUCAACUUCUGCUCACAACAAUCUGCCAUUUCCACCACAGCAGCAGUUUACAUUCAGUGGUGAUCCAGGAUCAUCAGCUCAGGUGAACAUGCAGAGCCAGGGGCACUCAAAGCCAUCAACUUCUACUACUCAAGGCAAUCUUCCAACACAACAGCAAUGGUCCCAAUCUCAAUACCAUGGAAACAACUGGGGAUAAAGCAGAAAUGUAGAAUAUGUCAUUUCAUUUAGUUCACCGAUUUUUUUAGGAAUCAAUUGUUGAAUUGUCACCUGUAUUGUAAUUUGUAAUCCUCUCACUUUUUGGUCUCUGAGCAGCUUAGACUAUUGCUCUGUACUUCACCCAUUGAUGUGAAACUCUGGCUGAAAGAGUGGCGCUAAUCUAAAUGUUAGAUUUCCAAGAUUUUCCUAAAAGUUA